CUAAGCAUUAUUCUUCUCUUGCUCUACAAUCAUGGAGCUUCAGAAUAAUUUUUUGAACUUUACCUUAAUGGCAUCCUUUCUCUUCCUCUUGCUACUAUUCAAAAUAGUUAAGAGAUGGAGUACUUCAAAAAAUUCUCGCGCCAACUUACCACCAGGACCAUGGAGACUGCCCUUGAUAGGGAACAUACAUCAGAUUAUUAGCAGCCCGUUGCCUCAUCAUUCCUUCAAAAUUUUGGCACAAAAGUAUGGUCCAUUGAUGUACCUAAAACUAGGAGAGGUACCAUACUUAAUAGUUAGUUCAUCAGAAAUGGCCAAAGAGAUUAUGAAAACACAAGACCUCAACUUUUGUAAUAGGCCAAACCUUAUGCUGUCCACAAUAUAUAGUUACAAUAAUACUGAUAUUCUAUUCUCUGUAUAUGGAGAGCACUGGAGAGAACUACGGAAGAUAUGCGUUAUAGAGCUAUUGAGUGUAAAGCGUGUCCAGUCAUUUAGGUCCAUACGAGAAGAAGAGGUGUCAGAUCUUGCUAAAUCAAUCUCUGCAAAAGAAGGAUUGGUUGUUAAUCUCACUCAUCAGAUUUUUUCAAUGACAUGUGGGAUAGUUGCCCGGGCAGCAUUAGGGAAAAGGAGCAAACACCAACAAGUAGUCGUUUCAUUAAUUAACGAAAUGAUAAAUAUGCUAGGAGGAAUUUAUAUUGCUGAUUUGUAUCCUUCUAUUAAAAUUCUUCAAAGGAUGAGUAUGGCGAAGACCAAAAUUGAAAAACUUCAUAGCGAGAUUGAUAUGAUAUUGCAAGACAUCAUCAACGAUCACCGAAGCAUUCACAAGGAAGCAGGCAGAGAUGAAAAUCUAAUUGAAGCUCUUAUCAAGAUUCAACAGAAAAAUGAUCAAUCACAACUUCCAUUGACUGACGACAAUAUGAAAGCAAUCAUCCAGGACAUGUUUGCUGCUGGUACUGAAACAUCAUCAGGGGUAUUGUUAUGGGGGAUGUCUGAGUUAGUAAAGAAUCCAAAGGUAAUGGAAGAAGCACAAGCUGAGGUAAGAAGAGUGUUUGAUAAGAAAGGAGGUGUAGAUGAAUCAGAGUUGCACCAGUUGACAUACUUAAAGUGUGUAAUCAAAGAAACUCUAAGGUUGCAUCCUAUUGCACCAUUAUUAGUUCCAAGAGAAAAUGGGGAGAAAUGCCAAAUAAAUGGGUAUGAUAUCCCAGCAAAGACAAGGGUCAUGGUCAAUGUUUGGGCUAUUGGAAGAGAUCCAAAGUAUUGGGUUGAAGCUGAGAGUUUUAAACCGGAGAGGUUUCUUAAUAGCCCAAUUGAUUUUAGAGGCACAGACUUUGAAUUCAUACCAUUUGGUGCUGGAAGGAGGAUGUGUUCAGGAAUUGGAUUUGCCUUACCAAACAUUGAGCUCCCGUUUGCUAAAUUACUUUACCACUUUGAUUGGAAGCUUCCCAAUGAAAUGAAAAAUGAAGAACUUGAUAUGAGUGAGACAUUCGGAUUAACUGUUGGAAGAAAACAUGAUUUGUGUUUAAUUCCUAUUAUUCGUCGUCUUUAAUUUUUUUUUUUAUUACUUAGUAAAAGCAUUUGGAAAAUGAUUGUAAUAAAGAGAGAAAAUACAAUGUUUCUCUCCAAAUGUUAUGUAUUGGUUAUUAAACUUUAGAAACUCGUUUAUGUGUGGUUUGGUUAUAUUGUAGAAUGUUAUGUUUUUGUACAAACUUAGAAAU